UUAAGAUCUACCAGUUUGAGGCAGAGCAAUUACUAUGGAAAAUGCAAGCAUGUCUUGCAAAAGAGAAAUCUGUGUGGAGCUUAUCUACAGGAAUAAAGUAAAGUGGAAACCAGGGGCUCUUCUACUUGUGUGUGUGUGGCUCCUGUGCUCACAGUCAGUGUCCAGCAGCAACCAAAGCUCUCGAGGCCAAACCGGUCGGUCUGAAGUUAAGCCGGGAACCUGUGAAGUGGUAGCAGCUCAUCGUUGCUGUAAUAAGAAUAAAAUAGAGGAGAGAUCUCAGACGGUCAAGUGCUCAUGUCUCCCUGGACAGGUUGCUGGGACCACCCAUGCCCAACCUUCAUGUGUUGAUGGUAUGCCCACUGUCCACGGUCACAGCUUUUUUUUGGAUGUUCAAAUGGAGCCAUGCUUAAAUGGUGAAGAGUGUAAAGUGUUGCCUGACCUCACCGGCUGGUCCUGCAGCUCUGGGAACAAAAUCAAAACUACCAAGGUGAGUUGUAAGGCCUGGUCUAUGGAGAGAGUCCACUCUUAG